CCACUGAAGAUAAUGGCAAUCAGCGACCGCGAGUUGACUUGGGACGACAUCUCUCUGACCUCCAAGCUGCUUGGAACAGGCAACUUCGGAGAGGUCCGUAAGGGAACAGUCAACCUGGAUGGUGAAAGCGUGGCAGCAGCAAUCAAAGUACUGAAACGCGGUGCAGAUGAGGCUGCCAGGCGAGACUUUCAGCAGGAAGUGGACAUCAUGCGCCAUGUUGGCUACCAUCCUAACAUCAUCAACCUGCUGGGAACCUGUGACCACCAAGGUCAGCAGUACAUGGCUCUAGAAAUGGCUGGAAAUGGCGAUCUGAAGAAGUACCUGAGAACAUCUCGGGUUCUGGAAACCACAAGUCCAGCCUACGCCAACAUCCGCCAGACUGUCGGCACCGUGUCCACCCUGUCACCGGUCCAGCUCCUCCGUAUCACCUGUGACGUGGCAACGGGGAUGGAUCAUCUGUCUUCUAAAGACGUGAUCCACCGUGACCUGGCAGCCAGAAAUGUCCUCCUCACAGACAGUCUCAUCGCCAAGGUUGCUGACUUCGGACUCUCACGUGGGGAGGGCAUCUAUGAACAAACGUCUAAGAGGGCUGUUCCUUUCCGAUCCACUGCGCUAGAGGCGCUGAGCACUAGGAUCUACACAACACAGAGUGACGUAUGGUCUUUUGGAAUUCUACUCUGGGAGAUUGUCACUUUGGGAGGAACCCCUUACAGCGGAAUGAAAUCAAGAACUCUACUAAGGAGCCUUCGAGAAGGAUACAGGCUGCCCAAACCAAGAAACUGCGAUGAAGACUUGUACCAGAUGAUGCUGCAGUGCUGGCAGCGCCGUCCUGAGGACAGACCGACCUUCUCUGACCUGGUGGAACAGCUGAAGGGCAUGAUGGAGGACAAGAGCAGCUACGUCAACAUUGAGAAGGAAGACGAUUUCGAGUAUGCGGUCAUUGACUCUGACGACAAUGAUGACAUGGAUGAUGACGAUAACACAUUCACAGGAUAGGAAGAACAGGUUGACUUCUACCUAUGUAUAUGUCAAUGUGUCUGUGCUUAAGUGCUGUUUAAGUGUGUUUCGUCAGCUAUAGAUUUUUUUUGUUUCUGUGAAGUCACGUUUUAUCAUAAUACCAUUGGUACUUUUAAUCAAUCAAUAACGUUUACCACCUUGUUCCAUUUAUCAUAAAUUAAAAUUCCAUUACACAGCAAGAAUGAAUUCUACAUCAUUCAAGUAAAAUGGUUAUGUUUCAAUGGGGCAAAGGUUUGUAACAUGUUCUGAUGCUACACGCAUGCCUUGCAAGUCUUGGCGAUGUGUGUGUGUGUGAGGUAGAGGGAAUGGUUUGGAAUUUUCCGUGUUAACUGUAUCCCUUACUAACAUAGCACUUGUUAUUUUGAGUUCAUUUUUCAACAGCUUAUUUUUAGUUUUUGUCAUUAUCAAUCACUUUUACACUACAUGCCAGUGUGGGUGUGGUUCAGUGCUGUUAAAUGUGUCUUUGAUCAGCUAUACAAGGUUUUGUUUCUGUGUUAUUUUUAUCUCUACAGAUUGGUUAACGUUUGAAUCAAUAGUGUUUACCAUGGCCUUGUUACCAUGGCCUGUCGCCGAGCUUUAGUAUACUGUGCUCAGCUUUGGUCCAACUACAGAGCUGGAACCAUGCAUAGAUUAGUUGUCUACCACGACGGCCUAAAUGUCUCAGCCGAGAAGUACUAGUAACAGCGACUUAUUUGUGAAGAUGCGUGUGAGUACCUUUGAUGCUAACCGCCGGAAACUGGCGUAUCCGUUUCCUUGUCGCUUGAUAAAGUCUAAGAACGACUUAAUCAAACUGCUACUUUGUUUGGAGGCUUUUUCCUCCAGCCUGCUCUGGCGACAGUACUGUAGCUUGGCCCACCUAUCGUAAGGGAGCCUCCUUGGGGCAGGAUAGCUCAUUUAUCUGUACAUACUUCAAUUUAUCUGUUUGUUUGUUUGUUUGUUUGUUUGUUUGUUUUCUUUUAGAUGUGUUCAUGUCAUGUCAUGUAUGUAUGUCACUGUGGGCCAUCGAGCCUGAAAUACACAAUAAACAUACUGACAUGAG